UUUACAAAAUCAUAGAUCCACAAAUAGGAAAGACACCCACAAGUCAUCAAACUUCGAUUGAGUUUCAAAGAGAUCAGUGGUAGUGUGGUACAUUGUGUUGAUCAAGGAUGGAACAAAAGAAGUUUGUGGCACUAUUAAUGGUGGUGGUGGUGAUGGCUUCUUCUAUGUGGAAAGGAUCCAAAGGUCUUAGUCUCUGUAACAUGGAUGAAGAUGGAUUGGAGGCUUGCAAGCCCUCAGUGACUCAGCCAAACCCAGUUGAUCCAUCCCCUGAUUGCUGCAAGGCUCUGGAUGGUGCUGACUUGAAGUGCCUUUGCUCUUACAAGAACUCAUCAGAGUUGCCUCUUCUAGGAAUUGAUCUAACUCUUGCUGCUUCACUUCCUGCAAAGUGCAAUCUCACUCCUCCAGAUAAUUGCUAGUUAGCUUCUCUGAGCUAUUUCUGCUUUUUGUUUUUGUGUGUUAUAAUCUUUUUUCUGCAGAUGACCUAUUGAGAAAAAAGAAAAUUAUUGUACUCUAAUUUUUAUCCCUCUUAUUUUUGUGGUACAAUAUAAGUACCUUUAUUUUCUUCUACUUGGUUGUAUACAUUAUUAUAAUAAGUCUAUGUAUUUAAACGUUUGAGACUGAUGGUGUGUUUGAAUUUGUUAGUGUGAGUAGCACUUUUGGUCAAAAAGUGCUCUAAUAAUUGGAAAAUUAAGUAUGACAUCCAAUAUAUUUAAUGAAAGAACCAUGACGUUAGAAGCAAA